AUGGAGAUAUUAUCUCAAAUGUGGUCUCUGUUAGGGUUACUCACCGUGCUCCAAAACGUUCUCCCAUCGCAGCUUCUCUCAUUGCUCCAUUCCUUAUACGAAUCUCUGCAAGAUCUGCUUUCUCCAUAUUCCUACUUCGAGAUUCCAGAGUUCAACGGCUACUGCGGUGUCGACCUCAACGACCUCUACCGCCACGCACACCUCUACCUCAACGCGGCGAACCACGCCCCCGCCUCAGCGUGCCGCCGCCUGACACUCUCUCGCUCGCCUUCUUCGAACCGCAUCUCCUUCGCCGUCGCGCCAAACCACACCGUCCACGACACCUUCCGUGGCCACCGCGCUACUUGGACGCACCACGUGGAGACCGCGCAGGACUCGCUCGAGGAGAAGCGCAGCUUCACACUCCGCCUCCCAAAGCGUCAUCGCCACGCGCUCCUCUCCCCAUACCUCGCUCACGUCACGGCACGCGCCGAGGAGUUCGAGCGCGUCUCGCGCGAGCGCAGACUCUUCACCAACAACACCACCGGGUCGGGCUCUUUCGAAUCGGGUUGGGUCUCCGUCCCCUUCCGUCACCCCUCUUCCUUCGAAACUCUCGCCCUCGAGCCCGAACUAAAGAGACAAAUAAAAAACGACUUAACGGCGUUCGCUGACGGGAAAGAGUUUUACAACCGAGUGGGCCGGGCCUGGAAACGUGGGUAUCUACUCCACGGCCCACCCGGGUCGGGUAAAUCAAGUUUAAUAGCCGCUAUGGCAAAUUUUCUCUGUUACGACGUUUACGACUUGGAACUAACGAAAGUCUCUGAUAACUCCGAGUUACGGUCGUUACUAAUCCAAACGACGAACCGUUCAAUUAUUGUUAUAGAGGACAUUGACUGUUCCGUUGACUUAACGGCAGACAGAGCAAUGAAGAAAACGCAGGCAGCGAAAUUGUCGUUGAAGAGAAAGAAGCCUCAAACGGCGUCGUUCACGCACUGCGAGGAGAGUGGGCGAGUCACGCUUUCAGGGCUCUUGAAUUUCACCGAUGGGUUAUGGUCUUGUUGCGGUGAAGAGAGGAUUGUGGUGUUCACUACGAACCAUAGGGAUAGUGUGGACCCCGCGCUCGUGCGGUGCGGGCGCAUGGAUGUCCACGUCAGCCUCAACACGUGCGGGGUUCACGCGUUCCGCGAGCUCGCCCGGAACUACCUCGGUGUGGAGUCGCACGUACUGUUUGAGGCGGUUGAGGGGUGCAUUCGCUCGGGUGGGUCCCUCACGCCCGCACACGUGGGAGAGAUUUUGUUGCGGAAUAGAGGGGAUGCUGACGUGGCGAUGAGGGAAGUCCUGGCAGCAAUGCAGGGACGGAUGCUUGCCGUCGCCGCCGUCGCCGACCAGACGGACAACGAGGAGACGAUGGUCGGAGUGAGGUCGCCGGAGAGCGUGCUGCUGAUGGGGUCGCCGGAGAAUUGGGACGCGUUGAGUGGAAAGAAGAGGAAGGAACAAAACGGGGGUAAUAACAAUUGGGACAAAAAAGUCAAGUUUUUCGUUAGGUUAAGGUCGUUGACCAGAUCAGACCCAGGUAGAUAA